AUGCCACCAAAAGGGAAAAAGCAACAAGGCAGCUUGGGACGCGCCGUUAUCAAGUCUCGCUUCCAAGGACAGCGAUCUAUCAAACUCGAUGAAGGAAAGCUGCAUACGACAGAUUCCGAGGAACCCAAAUGGGUCAAGAUGCAAAGUAUUACGCAAGAGAACGAUUUGGAAGCCUUCUUGACAACAGCAGCUUUGGCUGGUACUGAGUUCACUGCAGAAAAACUCAAUGUCAAGGUUGUCCAGGACACGUACCAGAAUCCCUUCCUACUCUCUGAACAAGAAGAAGAAGAUACGAUUGCCAAGCACCGUGAAAACUACUCUCGUCUCACUGUCCCAAGACGUCCACCAUGGGAUAAGUCAAUGUCAGCUGAACAACUUCAUCAACGUGAACGUGAAAGUUUUUUGGAUUGGCGUAGAGGCAUGGCACAGCUUGAAGAAGAUGAAGGCUUGUUGCUCACUCCCUAUGAGAAGAAUCUUGAAGUGUGGCGUCAAUUGUGGCGUGUCAUUGAGCGUUCUCAGCUGGUCGUGCAAAUCGUUGAUGCUCGUAAUCCAUUGCUUUUCCGGAGCGCUGAUUUGGAAAAGAGUGUCAAGGAAGUGGAUCCACGAAAGAAGAAUUUGCUAUUGAUCAACAAGGCCGAUUAUCUAAGUGAUGAUCAAAGACGUUGGUGGGCCGACUAUUUCGAAUCCCAAGGAAUCAGAUACACCUUCUUUUCAGCAGCACUUGCAGCUAAGCAACAAGAAGAAGAACGCUUGGCUCAAGAGAAGAAGGAGAUGGAGGAGGCACUCAAAGCUCAAAAGCAAUCCAGCGAGGAAGAUGAUGACGAAGAAGAAGAGGAGGAGUCUGAAGAAGAGAAUGCUAGCGACAGUGAGAAGCCAGCUGAAGAGCAACAAGAGAAGAAGGACGACACACAAGAUAUCAGUGAAGCUUUGUCAGACACCAAGCUUUCAGAAUCAAAGGAACCUGUGGAUGAGCGUAUUCGUGUGCGGACAACUACCAAUUUGCUUGACUUGUUGAUUGAUGAAACACCCAAAGAAGAGCAAGGUGAUGGAGAUGAGGAACCCAAGGUGGUGAUUGGUCUUGUUGGUUACCCCAAUGUUGGUAAAUCAAGCACUAUCAAUGCAUUGAUUGGUGAAAAGCGCGUGUCAGUAUCAUCCACUCCAGGCAAGACCAAACAUUUCCAAACCAUCCAUUUGACUCCCAAGCUGGUUCUUUGUGAUUGCCCUGGUCUUGUGUUCCCAACCUUUUCUACCACCAAGGCCGAUCAAGUCUGUAAUGGUGUAUUGCCUAUCGAUCAGUUACGUGAACACAGCGGCCCUACAUCUCUUGUUGCCAAACGGAUACCACAAGCAGUAUUGGAAGCUACCUAUGGUAUUCGUAUCAGGACACAACCCAAGGAAGAUGGUGGUAGUGGAAUCCCUACAAGUGCCGAGCUGUGCUCUGCCUAUGCAAUUGCAAGAGGUUAUUUCCGAUCCAGCCAAGGCAACCCUGAUGAAGCACGUGCAGCACGAUAUAUCCUCAAAGACUAUGUCAACGGAAAGCUCCUUUAUUGUCAUCCUCCACCAAAUUACAAGCGUGAUCCUUUGGAAUUCAACAAGGAAAAUAAUCAAGUUGCCAUGCAAACACAAAAGAAAUUGGCACCCGUUACACGUGUCCCAGCAACAGCUGCCAACUAUGUCGCACCAGCAGGACAAGCAACACCUACAUCAGCACCACGAGGAUCAAAGACUGAAGCAGUGGAUCGAUCUUUUUUCAAUGCCCACAUGUCAGCUCCAAGCGUGCGUGGGAAAGCAGCUGGUAUGAUGCGAGGAGGAGGAUUUUCUCGUGUGACCAUGUACCCACAUCAACGGGUACUUGCCGACGAUGGUACACCACUUCCACAAGGUAGGAGAGAACGUCUGGCAAUGGUAGCACAAAAUGCAGAAGCUGCUGGUGGUAUUGUGCCUGGCAAGAAGCAUCACAAGAAGGGCAAGAAACAUGUCAAGGUGCGAAGCGGUGCAGGCUAUGGCGAUUAUGAUUAG